AUGGCCGACGAAACAGCUCUUACCGACUUCCCGUCGCUCUUCUCCCUCAAGGGUAAAGUCGCCGUCGUGACAGGCGGUUCUCGAGGUCUGGGUUUGAACGCAGCUUCAGCUUUCCUCCAAGCCGGCUGCUCCAAAGUAUUCAUCACCUCGCGCAAAGCCAAAGCCUGCGACGCCGCCGUCGCGCAGCUCAACUCCCUGCCAAACCUCCAACCCGGCGCCCGCGCCAUCUCCGUCCCCGCCGACAGCAGCACCCUCGCCGGCGUCGAGUCCCUCGUGUCCCAGGUAUCCAAGCACACCGAGUACGUCGACAUCCUGUUCGCGAACGCGGGCGCCACCUGGGGCGAGGCCUUCGACACGCACCCCGACGGCGCCUUCCAGAAGGUCAUGGACCUGAACGUCAAAGGCGUGUUCUUGUGCAUACAGAAGUUCGCGCCGCUGCUGGAGAAGCGCGCUACCGUCGAGGACCCCAGCCGCGUCAUCAUCACGUCGAGCGUCGCGGGCUUGGGCGUCGGCACUACGGGGCCCCAGGCUACGUUUGGCUAUAGCGCCAGCAAGGCCGCUGUUAUUGCGCUGGGUCGCAAUCUGGCGCUGGAGCUAGGGCCUCGCCAUAUCCUGGUUAAUUCCAUCUGCCCCGGUUGGUUCCCGACUAAGAUGGCCACGGGCUUGUUGUCUAUGACGGGUGGUCUCGAGAAGCACGCCGCGCGCAACCCGAACAAGCGGCUCGGCAGGCCUGAGGAUAUCGCCGGUGUGGUAGUUUAUCUGUCGAGUCGAGCAGGGUCGCACGUUAACGGCGCGACGAUACAGAUAGAUGGUGGUGCGUUGUGGAAUACGGUCUCCCUAGAAGCCGGGUCGGCGGAGCCUAAGCUAUGA